AUCUUUUAGCUAAAAAUAACCUAGUAGUUCAAGAAUUAUCAAAUAAUAUCGAAGAAUAUAUCCAAAUGAUUGACCAACCAGCCAUGACAGAGGACGUACUAAUAGAUGAAAAGGCUGUUGAGGCGUUAGAGAAAGUUAUAAGAUACCAAGAGGGCUUCAACAUUAAAAAAGGAUUUGAUAAGAAUAG